AUGUAUAUUCAUAAGAAUGGAGGGAUCAUGAGAGAGAUUCCAUUCGGUGUGGAGGAAUUAAAGUUAGGUUAUACCGAUAGAAAUAAAGUUGGCGACGACACCAUACCGAGCUCUGUCAGAGUGUUGGAUAUCAAUAGCCUGGUAUGUCUACGAUCUCCAAUCAUACCGGAAUCAAUUGAACAUCUAACGGUUAGAUCUCUCAAUCCAAGCGAUAGACUGUGUUCAUGUUUCACUUCACUUCGAAGUGUCUCUCUGCCAUCAGCAUCACAAAUCACAAACAGAAUUGUCACUACAACCAAAUUCAAUUUAGAAAGCGAGGCUAUACAAUAUACACUUCGAAAGCUAGAUGAUCAAUAUUUCAUUGGAUUUGGUCCUCAUCAUGAAAGUUCAAUUGAACAUUCAUUCGAAUCAUCCUUUCGUUGUUUUUCAAUUAUUUUUCUUAAAAUCAUGAAUAGAUAUAUAAAUAUUUUAUUGUUAAUAUUUGGAUUGAUUGCAAUCUCCAAUGCACUGUUAUUCAGUGAAGAGCAAUAUAAAAAUGAAUUCGAAAACUGGAUUGACCGUUUCGAAAAGAAAUACGAUGUCUCUGAGUUUAAAAAGAGAUUCUCGAUUUUCAAGAGCAACAUGGAUUUCGUACACUCCUGGAACUCAAAGAACUCACAGACCGUUCUUGGUUUGAACCAUUUGGCUGAUCUUACCAAUCUCGAAUACCGUCAAUUUUACUUGGGAACUCACAAGAAGGCUGUCUUGGGUACUCCAGGUAACCACGAAGUUUCCAACUUACAAUCGGUCUUUGGUGAUUCCGCAACUGUAGAUUGGAGACAAAAAGGUGCUGUUUCUCCCAUUAAGGAUCAAGGUCAAUGUGGAUCUUGUUGGUCAUUCUCAACUACUGGAUCGGUAGAAGGUGCUCACCAAAUUAAGUCUGGAAAUAUGGUUGAGUUGUCCGAGCAAAAUUUGGUUGAUUGUUCAACUAGUGAGGGUAAUAUGGGUUGCAAUGGUGGUUUGAUGGAUUACGCCUUCGAGUAUAUCAUCACAAACAAUGGUAUCGACACUGAGUCAUCGUAUCCAUACACUGCCAGCAGCGGUACCACCUGUAAAUACAACAAAGCCAAUAGCGGUGCCACCAUUUCAUCGUACAAGAACAUCACUGCCGGUUCCGAGUCGGAUUUGGCCGAUGCCGUUAAGAAUGCCGGUCCAGUCUCUGUUGCUAUUGAUGCCUCCCACAACUCAUUCCAACUCUACUCACACGGUAUCUACUACGAUGCCAGUUGCUCGUCGGUCAACCUCGAUCACGGUGUCUUGGUAGUCGGAUACGGUAGCGGAACACCAGACUCUGACUCUAGAGUCCACAAAGGUUCACAAGUUCGUGUUAAAGUUCCAAAGACCGAUGACACCAAAAACUAUUGGAUCGUCAAGAAUUCCUGGGGAACUUCAUGGGGUGACAAAGGUUUCAUUUACAUGUCAAAGGAUAGAGAUAACAAUUGCGGUAUUGCUUCAUGUGCUUCAUACCCAAUUGUUUAA